ACACAAAUUUCAUCAGCUUCGAUUUCGCUGCUUCCUCUUUAGUCUUUCCACCAACAACUCAACACGCUCCCCGUUAGUCUGCUCCGCACAGUGUAGAACGCAAUAAUCCUAAUUAAAUCACUCGUCGUGCAAACAUCCCUGAUAACCGAUAACGAGUCCCAAAUCGGAACAACUGCACAACAACAACAACCUGAAUCAACAGAAGCGCAGCGUGCUCUGCCAGCGACAACUGCAAGCGAGUGAACUGUCUCUGUGACUUUGACUGGCGCAGUCACAUCGAACUCGAGACGCACUGCACUUGCAGUCUGGCACGCAAAUUCCGGUCACCGCCAACGAUGCACGGCUGGCGACGCUGUUACGGAAUACGGAUCCACAUCGGUUUCUUGCUUGCUGCGACAGACUAUUCUGCUAACAUUUUAAUCCUGCAUGAGAAACAUCAAGCGGGAUGCUGAGGAAUUCACGCUUCUCGCACUGCAAGUGGCGAAGUUUCAGUUUCGGAAGGAUUAACGAGGUUCGCCUCGCUACACGGCCCCUGCCGUCCACCACCAUGUCUUGGCUUCUUCCAGGAUGCAUUUUUUGAAUUUCAUCCGAUUUUAAUUUAUAAUAAUUUUGUUUUUAUUCUAUUUGAAAAGUUCAGUUGAAGUUUUGAGUUCGUAAAAAUCGCUGUGCUGGAAAUUUUACCAACGGUUUCGAAAAUUUAUUCUGUAGAAGAGAAUUCUAGUUGUCGUGGGAUGGUUUUCGUGAAAAACGCUGCAGUGGUUUGAGAGUUAACCGAAAAUCGUAAAAUGGCCAAAUCAGAGAGAGCCGCGACGGCGCUGAGCAGAACAACGCCGGAGUCGGCGCAGAACCACAAGAAAGCCAAGAAAAAGGCGUCAAAUAGCAAGAAAAAAGAUGUUAGCGACAUGCCGCCGGUGGUGGUGGAGGCGGAGAGCGCAGUGGAGCCUGCGGGGUCCUUGAGCAAGCGCGCGAGUCCCCGCGCCAAGAACCCUUCCAAGAGCGACGUGCAGGCGCAGACGCAGCUGAUGGAGCGCUGCAGGAGCGCCUUCACCGCCUUCAUGCCGCUGGUCAACCGGCUGCCGCGCGAUCUCGUCAUCGCCGACGAAAGUCUUUCCCCCGCAUUAGCCAAUCCGCUCUUCCAAAACUACUCCGAGCGCAAUGACUUGGAGGCGAGCCAGUUGAAGCACUGCCCCACCAGCGAACUGCUGCGCCAUCUGCAGACGGGCCUGUACCACGCGCCGGUGCCCACCUCCAAGACCAAGCCUCCCAGCGCCGACGCCUUCAAGCGGCCCCUCAGCCCGCCGCGCUCCCGCCCGGAACAGGCGGCCAACCACAAUUCCUCCAAAAAGGCCAAGAAAGCCGCGGCGGCGGGCGGCGCUCAGGAAUCGCUGGCGAACGGGACCAUCAGCACGGCGGAGGCCUCGCGGCUGCAGCUCAAGCAGCGCCUCCACGACAAACUCCUCGCCUUCAAAGCGAAGCGCAAGGCCCUGCUGAGCCCCGAGGAGUCGCACGAGGCGCACGUGCUGCGCGGGAAACUGCGCAAGCUGAAGAAGAAGGAGAAGACGCGCGAGAAGAAGAGCCAGAACAAGAAGAAGAAACCGGCCGACGGAUCCUCGCAUUCGCAGCCGGGCACGGCCACGCCCAGCUCGCAGCGCUCCUCCAGCAUCGUCAGCGAGGAGGGCCGCAUGAUCUUCAGCCGCUUCGACUUCUUCCAGACGGACGCCGACGCCGUGCACCCCAAGCAGGCCAAGGGCAAGAAUCUGACGCACCUCCUCAACAAGGCCGAGGCCGACCAGCGCAAACUGCAGCAAGCGGAGGCGGAGGACGAGGAAAAGGGGAAGGAGCUGCGGCAGAAGAAGGCCUGGCAGGAGGCGCUGCUGAAGGCGCAGGGCGUCAAGCUGAAGAACGACCCGGACAAGCUGCGCAAGGCGCUGAAGGAGCAGAAGAAGCGCAAGAAACGCUCGGAACGGAAGUGGACGGAGCGCACGGGGCACGUGCACAAGGAGCAGAAGGAGCGGCAGGACAAGCGCCAGAAGAAUCUGGACAAGCGCAAGGAGGCCAAGCAGGCCAAGAAGCGCCAGAAGGCCAUCAAGAAGGGCCACCUCAUUCCCGGCUUCAACUAGAUCCUACAUGGUGAUUUUUAGGGAUUUAAUAAGGGGGGAAUUUGUGUAUUUUCGUGUUGUUCGUUUGUUGGUGUUUAUUGCCAACCGUUAGUCAGUUAUUGUAAGGAAAUGCAGACAGAAAGCCAGUGUAGUG